ACUACCAAAAAAUCAUCCCUCACAACAUACUGAAUAAGCUGUGUCUUUGUGUAACGAAAUCAAAGCAUGAAAACCCUCAAGUCUCUCGCUCUCUUGGCUUUGCUCUUUUCCCUCUCCCUCGCUGUUUUUGCCGACACAUCCAACGAUGCCACACACGCUAAGGAUGAAGUGAAGCCAAGUGAAGCAACCGAUACCAUAGAGCCACAACAACGUGGCGGUUGUAGGUACGGAUGUUGCGGAUCCUACGCUUUUGGACGGUGCAGCGCUUGCUGCAGCCGACCCCAGAAUGCGGAAGCGGAACCUGAAGCCGAAGCCGAGUCCAAAGAAGUUGUUGUAGAGCCCCAACACGCUGUAGAGGCCAACGCUGUUGAGGACAACGCUGUUGAGCCUCAGCAAAGGGGUGGUGGUGGUUGUAGGUACGGAUGUUGCGGAUGGCGUGGAGGACGGUGCGCCUACUGCUGCCGAAGUCCUCAAGCCGAGACCGAAGAAGCCGUGGAAGCUGUUGAGCCUCAGCAAAGGGGUGGUGGUGGUUGUAGGUACGGAUGUUGCGGAUGGCGUGGACGACGGUGCACCUACUGUUGCCGAAGUCCUCAAGCGGAGACCGAGACCGAAGAGGCCGUGGAAGCUGUUGAGCCUCAGCAAGGGUGGGGUGGUGGUGGUUGUAGGUACGGAUGUUGCGGAUGGCGUGGACGACGGUGCACCUACUGCUGCCGAAGUCCUCAAGCCGAAACCGAGGUUGUUGAGCCCCAGCAAGUCCGUCGAUGUAGGUACGGUUGCUGCGGAAGCUACGUUUUUGGGCAGUGCAGUGCUUGUUGUUCCAAGAAGAUGGCUACCGAGGAAGAGAACAAAAAGGAAGAAGCUAAGCCAUGAAUUGGUGUGUAACACAAACUCUAUGUUUGUACGCAUGCAGGUUUAUUACUAUUACGUCGUACGUCAAAAUAAAAAAUUGGUGCCUAAUAAGGUACCUAGCUCAAAUAAAAAUGUCGUAGGGUCACCAUAAUAUAUGUACUUUGUUGUUGUGUAGUGUUUCUCUCGUGGAGAUUAUAAAUAAGAACAACUGUUUUAAUAUCAAACCAUGGAUCAUAAUAUUCAUUUCAGUUAUAACUAUCAGAAAAAGCAUGCAGC